CAUUUUGCAAGAAUCUAACAAAUUCUGACCAAUCUAGAUACCGACACUUAAACGUAGUAGUUGUUUUCUCAUUGUAAGCUUCACCUUGUUCUGUCAGAAGGGCUGUGGUUGUGGUUCCGUUGUUAUUAUUAUUAUUAUUAUUAUUCUCUUGAAAUAAAUUGUGAUUUAAGUUUGUGUGUUGGUGUGGAUCAAGAAAGACUAAACAAUAAAUAAAGAAAGAAGUUAGGGAAAAAAAUGGGAAAGAAAAGUUAUUUAGCAAUGAGGACAGAACAAGCAACGAGCGAAUUGAUUGUUUCCGAUAUCAAAGAUUUAAAGAUUGCUGCUAAGAAGUUAGCCAAUCAUGCUAUCAAGCUUGGUGGGUUAGGUUUUGGGACUUCUUUUCUUGAAUGGAUUGCUUCUUUUGCUGCUAUUUAUCUGUUGAUCUUGGACCGAACAAACUGGAGAACAAACAUACUUACUGGUUUAUUAAUCCCUUACAUAUUCUUCAGCCUUCCUUCAAUACUUUUCAGUCUUUUCAGAGGUGAUUUGGGGAAAUGGAUUGCUUUUGUUGCAGUUAUUUUGCGCCUUUUCUUCCCAAGACGAUUCCCAGAUUGGCUGGAAAUGCCAGCCGCUCUGAUCUUACUGAUAGUGGUGGCUCCUAGUCUGUUUGCAAGCACCUUAAGGAGCAGCUGGGUGGGUCUGGCUAUUUGCCUUGCCAUUGCUGCUUAUUUGCUUCAAGAACAUAUUCGUGCAUCUGGUGGAUUCAGAAACUCCUUUACUAAAGCUCAUGGCAUAUCGAACACCAUUGGCAUAAUCCUUCUGUUUGUUUAUCCUGUCUGGGCAUUGGUACUUGAUAUCCUGUAAGCAGAGCUCAGCAGAUGAUUUUUUUUUUUUUUAUGUCUAGAGUGCUAUUUAUAGUCUUUCUGUGCAAUAUAGCACAUUGAGACUUUAAAAUUCAUUGUUGUGUUACUUAAGACCUAAUCUUGUGAUUGAGUCAUGUGUUGCCAUUGCUGUACACAAUGUGUUUGCUUGAACCUUGGGAAAUUGUUGCUCACUGUUACCUGCAAGUAAAAGUACCAUAUGUUGUAGGACAUUUUGUUAGAUGUAAUAUCUUGUUCCCAACAUAAAGAAAGCCUUUUAAUAUCCUUA